AUGAGCAAGAAAAAGGUUAAAAAUAAACAGCUAAAGGGAAAGGAUGAUACGCCUGGGCGGAAACAGAAAUUAGUCAAGUUUAGAAGAAUAAAAAAGAUUAAAUUUAAAGACGAAAAGAAAGUAUUCAUUCCAAACGGGGAGAAUGAAACGAAAGUGAAGAUUCCAUCAAAAAAAAAACUUCGCACAUCUUACAAGAAAAAGGAAUUCAAAAAAAAACAGGACAAGCAGACAAAUGAAUAUCUAACCUUGGAGAAAGAGUUAAUCGGUCAGACAUUCGAUGAGGAAAGACGUUGCCUAUUUGCCAUCCGGAAUAAUGUCGAGUGCAUCUCCUCCUCCCCCAAUAAGAUCCUUCAGGAACUCAAAUUGACGGAGAAGUACCACGCCGUGCUCCUUAUCAACACGGAGGCAAACAUGAAAAAUUUAUUCCUCGUGAAGCAGUACGUAUGUUAUGGGUACGUACAAAAGUACACCUUGUUCAGUUUGAUGGAAAAAAAAUUAUUUUUAAAAGAUGGAAAAGAAAUAAAACGAUGUGACUCCAAUAAAAUUAUAGAGAAGUUGUUUAGCAAGGAUGGUAUUUAUUCCUUUCCUUCAUUUUGUGAAUAUAUUUUUGAAUGCAAAAAUAACGCAGACCAAAUAAUGAAGCAACAGAUCGUUCCUUUUAACUUCUCCUACUUAAAAAGCGAAAUGACGUUUGAUUUUCUCCAAUUGAAAAAUGAGCUUGCUGGAUUUGUCAAGGAGGGAAUUAAUGAAAUUCUGGAGAAGAUAAUUUGA